AUGUAUGGGGAUGGAGAGAGCAUGGUGUGGGACCGGGUCGCUCGGACCCGCCGGGACUGUAUGUGCUACCUUGGACCUCCUACUUUGAUGCCCAUCGGGAUGCGCAAGUCGCCCGACUUGAGCCCCAGAAGGCUUUCGGACAUCAGCCCUCAGCUCAGACAGCUAAAGUACCUGGUGGUGGACGAGGCCAUCAAAGAGGACCUGAAGUCCUCGCGCUCAGUUGAGGACAUCAACAGCGCGUCCAUAGAGGAGCGAAUCCUGCGAAUCACCGGCUAUUAUGGAUAUCAGCCUUGGAAUGCAAGCUACAAGAGAGAAGACCACAUCAGGGACAGUGUGGUGGGCCCCACAGACACACAGGCCGCGGGCGUUGUGGCCGGAGCAGAGUCGAGCUCCAGCAAACGGAAGCUGCACUGCUGCAUCAGAGUAACAACCGUACAGGUGAGCAAGGCCCUGUGGGGAGUCGCCAUGGUGAUGUGUGUAUGCUCCUCCUGGGCAGGCUCCACCCAGCUGGCCAAGCUGACCUUUAAGCAGUUCGACGCCCCCUUCACCCUCACCUGGUUCGCCACCAGCUGGAACUCCCUCUUCUUCCCACUCUACUACAUCGGCCAUCUGUGUAAGAGUCCAGAGAGGCAGACGCCCAGACAGAGAUUCAGGGAGUGCAGUAGGUUUUUCGGGGAUGACGGGCUUACACCCAAGGUGUUUUUCACCAAGGUGGCUCCCUUUGGCCUGCUGUGGAUCCUCACCAACUACCUGUACCUGCAGGCCCUCAGGAAGAUCAACACAACAGACGCCUCGGCGCUCUUCUGUUGUAACAAGGCCUUCGUCUUCCUGCUGUCUUGGAUUGUACUUAGAGACCGCUUCAUGGGGGUCAGGAUAGUAGCUGCUAUCUUGGCCAUAGCAGGCAUUGUGAUGAUGACCUACGCUGACGGAUUCCACAGCCACUCGGUCAUCGGCAUCACGUUGGUCGUGGCCUCUGCUUCGAUGUCAGCGCUAUAUAAGGUGCUCUUCAAGAUGGUCCUGGGCAGUGCCAAAUUCGGAGAGGCUGCACUCUUUCUUAGCAUCGUUGGAAGCGCCAACUUUGUUUUCAUCAGCUUCGUGCCGCUCAUCCUGUAUUUCACUCACGUGGAGUACAUUGACUCACCUGGAGAGAUCCCCUGGGCUUGCUUCUGCGGGGUUGCAGGCCUGAUGUUUGCUUUCAACGUCCUGUUGAACUUUGGCGUUGCGAUAACAUACCCAACAUUAAUAUCUCUUGGCAUCGUCCUAAGUGUUCCUGUAAAUGCCAUGGUGGACCUCUACACAUGUGAAAUUAAUUUCAACACAGUGCGCCUCAUUGCUGUGUUCAUCAUCUGCCUGGGGUUCCUCAUGCUGCUGCUACCGGAGGACUGGGACCAGUGCAUCAUCAAGCUCAGCACGAAGCUGCGCAAGAGAGACGAGCCAGCAGAGGGCAGCGCUGAGGCGGGCGCCACCACCGGGCUCAACUGGAGAGGGAGAGCCAGGACCUCCAUGUCAACAUUUGCACAUUGAAGACGUCAGGACAUUUGAUCUGCCCUCUUUUUCACGAAGCUCCCUGGAUGAAAAAAAGUGUUUUAGACUGCCCUCUGAUCAGUAACACUUCGGUCAAGGGGGGAGAUGCAGGAAGCACAGAGUGUGAAUCAUUCAUUUGAUGUCCUUUCCACUCACAAGUUGUCAAAGUUGGUGCAUGGACAAUGUUUAUUGUAACCCAAAAGAUUAUCAGGUAUAACUGAUUAAGUCAUGUAUUCAUUUGGCUGUACCUCUUAAUCAAUCCAUGGAUUCUCUACAUCCUUGCACCUGGGAAGACUUGCCAACUUGCCUGAUAUUAUCAGUUCCGAGCAAAAAAACAACCUUUUUGGAGGCAGGCCUAACACCGUGUGGACUUGCUGUCUUUAACAUAUACACACCUUUAAGAUCCAAAGAAGAAUGCCUAAAAUGCUGAAUGCCUGAAAACAAAAAGGGAGGCCAACAGUGGCGUCCCUCAGGUGUAAACUCUAUGACAAAUACCUGCCUUUGGUGCACUGUAACAUAGCUGUGUCACACCGUUCAUGUCGGUGAGCUGUGGACCCAAUGGGCUCAUCUGGUGUGAGAGGACCUGUCUGAAAACCUGAGGAUCAAUCUGAGACAGAGAAGAAGUGUGUCUCUGUUCAUCCUGAGAAAAGAGGUCAGGUCCGAUUUAACCACACUGAUUGGCCCCCUGUGGUCAUAUGCUUUCCUGGGGCUAACCCCUCCUCUGUCAAAGCUGACACUCAUUGCUCAGGCCCACAGUUAAGGCACGAGAGAUCCAAAACCAGUUUUUAAUGCGUUAGAUGGUUCAUAUUUGUACUUUCAGUCCAUCCAUAAAGCACCUGCUUUGCAUUUUCUGUUGCAGAGUUACUGACAAUAAACAGUUUACUAAUCAAGCAAUACACAUGUAUUUACAGGACAUGUAUUGGCAUCCAAAUAAUAUUCAUAUAUAUAAUAUAUGUGUUUUUUGAACCAUCUAUUAGCUGUUCAAACUGUCCUAUUUUCACAAUUAAUGCUUCAGGUAGGCUACUUAUCUUUGGAUGGACUAAAAGCACUAACAGCUUAUAGUAAAACAAGACUCACCCUUAGAACUACCCUUUUAAUAACUCUGAACGCCAACCAUAGCUAUCACUUAUGGCGCAUUUCCACUACAGGGCCUCGCUCGGCCUCGCUCGGCCUCGCUCGGUA